AUGGCGGUGGGAGAUGACAAGGUAUUUGGUCUGGGCGUGCCUCAUGUCACCCACGUGGAAGCCGGCCCUUCAUGGGUGUUACAGCUGCUUUGCCUGGUCUACAAGACGAGAGGUACGGGAGUAGCUGGCUCCGGAUAUUUCUCAUCACUCAGAAGUAGCUCUCAUGUGACAUUGCACCUCUGCAGUGAAGGAGAAAAGGAAGUGGGGGAUGUGGAAGCCCAGAUCCUCUCAAGACAACUCUAUACCUGGACUGUACUGCUUGGGCUAAGUGUUUUUACAUCCUUCCACUUGGCCCCAAGCAAGGCAGAGGAGGUUACGGAAGAUGCCACUUCAGAGCAAGCAAGGAAAACCCCAGAGGAGCAUGGAGUGAAUCCAGACACUUGUGAUUUCAGCUUCCACAUCCCUUGGUCUGGCAGUGCUUGCCCACCCACUGUCCCAGCAUCCCCGCCAGCCUCUCAAGAAGACCUGGACCAUCUGAAGACUCUGUUGCAGGACUGUGGCAGCAUCUUGACGAACCUUCAGGCUGCGGCUGCUUCAGAGGCCAGUCAGUCCAGAUAUCAGGACAUUGUUUCUGAGCUGCUGCCAGGUAUAAGAGACACCAACUCAGAGCUUCAUGAGAUCCUCCAGAAGUUCUUGAGGGAACUUGAAGAUCACAUCCAAGAGGACGAUCAUCCUCAUGUGGCAGAUGAAAAAAAGAAGUUGCAGGAACACUUACGGAUGAUGGAUCAUUUGCUUCAAGUCACUGGCCGCCUUGCCGAGCAGUUGGAUCAAACAUCCCAAAACCUCUUGGUGACAUUAACCAAACCCUUGGAGGAAAGCGCUGCCCUUUUGUAUCGGAGUCUCCUGCAGUCAUCCUAACCAUGCGCUUGUUCUACUCUGAAGUCAACAAAAGCUUUCAUGGAUUCAGCUCACAUGGUGUUCUAGCAUUUCCACACGUGGGCCUUGUUCCUGGGCCAGAGCCUAUGCAGUUUAUCAUGCACCAAAGCAUGUUUUGUUGAAAAAUUGCUGUCUCUCUUUUGCAAUUCUGUGCAUUGGAGCAUUCUACAUGGAAUGUCAGGUCAGGCUUAGGAUGCAUUGGGACAAGAUGGUGGGUCAGGAGUUUGCGGAGUCAGGAGGGUUCAAGAAGCACAGUUGUCCAGGCUGCUUUUUCUCAUUAUCCAAUAUCUAUCUUCAGGAACUUUCCCAGUGGGAAACUGCACCAGAUCCAUCUAGCUGGCACAGAAUCUCUUUCAGGCAAGGAUCUUUGCUAAUAUUGACUCUUUGAGCGUUUGAAAUGAAAGGCCUUUAGAAUUUUAAACAUGUUACUUGCAGAGAA